CUCCUACCGUCUGCUGAAUGAGUGAGCAUGUACCACAAGGAUCCCCACAACUGCUGAAGAGCCAUGUUGUCAGAAAACAACAUGGUGACGAGUAUGAAAUGAGAAUAGAGGGAAAGUGGUGCAAGCUGCCUUCCCUUCUCUGGUCUUUCACAAUCUGCCCUCUUCAUCCCCAAGAGCUACUCAAUCCAACCCCAGCCUUGAGUGAGAACAAGCACAGAGGGAAAGAUUUGGAAAGUCUGGUCCACUUUUCUUCUAUGUGCUCUCAUGUCCACAGCUCUGAGAGGAAAGAGUGGUUUUGUGUGUCUGCAUGGGAGACUCCUGCAGCCUGAUCCCAGUGACUGGCCUGGUGGGGGGAGCCAAGAUACUGUUUCCUCAUUCCUGGGAGUUCACUGCUUGGACUCACCACUCCUUAGCUGGGUUCAGUUAUUUAAGCAGGACAGGCUGGAAGAAUGCAUCGUGAGAAGGACGGGGGCUGUGCUGCACACUGUGUGCGACCUUUGGGCUCUUGGUGUCUGCCUCAUCUUCCUAAGUGCUGUGACCAUGGCAUCCCAAGGCCAGGUGAUGUUCUGGAGCAUGACCACAGUCAUUAUCAUCCUAGCUGCCGUGAUUGCCCUGAUCAUCGGGUUUGGUAUCUCAGGAAAGCGCUCCAUCAAUGUCACCACCUUGACAUCACCUGGGAACAUCGGCCAGAGUGGCCUCCUGGGCUGCACCUUUGAGCCUGACAUCUGGAUGAGCAGCAUAGUGAUUCAGUGGGCAAAAGUUGGAGUGGCCGGAUUGGUUCAUGAGUUCAGAGGGGGGAAGGAUCACCUGCAAGAGCAAGACGUGGCGUUUCAGGGCCGCACGGCGGUAUUUGCAGACCAGGUGAUUGGUGGAAAUGCUUCUCUGGAGCUGAGAGAGGUGCAGCUCUCUGAUGCUGGUACCUACAGGUGCUCCGUCACCACGUCCCGUGGGAGUGGAGUAGCAGUGCUGCGGUACCAGACGGGAGCCUUUAGCACCCCCAAGGUCCAUGUGCAGCCCAGCAGCAGUGGGGACACAUUGCACUGCGAAGCACCACGGUGGUUCCCUCGGCCCACCGUGCACUGGAUGGCACACAGCAACACUGGGAAGUGCCUGCCUCAUGCUGCCAACACCAGCUACCAGCUGAACUCUGAGAACGUCACUCUGAAAGUGGUUUCCUUUCUGCACAACAUUACAGCCAACGCCACGUACACCUGCGUGAUUGAAAACAGCAUUGCCAAGGCUACAGGGAACAUCAAAGUGACAGAUUUCAACAUUACAAGGGAGACCAGCCUGCAUGUGGUGAACCUGAACACAGAGUCAGUGUUUUCCUCCCUUCCAGCCUGUCACUGGAUGCUUCUGCUUCCCGUGUGUGUGCUGUCAAUAUAGAACAUCUGGAAAUGCUGCUGGAUGAGGAGGAGAAGCACACAGGGUCCUCUCUACUAUCUCUCCAGAGAAAGAAACAAGGGAACCUCUGAAACUGAGAGCAGACCAGAGUCAUUGGAUUUCUGUCUUGGAAGACGAAGGGAGUGGAAAAAAAUCCAGACCCAAGGAUUGCAAUAACAAAGGACAGGGUGAAGUGAAGUGCUGUUACUUAAGUCUGGCUUUAGGGCAGCUUACCCUUGGGCACCCAACUACUAGAUUCAAAGCAGACUGCUGCAGCCUACCCUACCCAAGAACAAGAGGUCUCUGAAGGCACUUCUGCUUCUCCAGGCAUGGGAGAAUUAACAAGGAGAGAGAUAUCCUAGCUUACCCUGCUUAACUCCAUUAUUUUUCUUGGCAUGGAAGAAGCCAAGCAAGGGAAAACUCAACUUACCGUAAGGCACUGGUAAAUAUUUCAGUGCACCUGUAUAUCAAUCCAGAUUAAAAGUGCUCUGAAAAGAAAAGCUUCUUACCUCAUUAUUUACUUAAGCGAGUCAAACAAACAAAAAAACAAAACCUGAAAAACUUCACACAUUUACCCUCGUUUUCCCUGUUCCUACUUUUGACAAGAAUUUAGUUUUUGGCACCUGCUCCCCACCAGCUGUUAGCUCAGUUUUUUCCUGGAUACCAUUUUGCAGCUUUGUAACCUGCAACCCCUUUAAGCUUUGAUAAACAAGAUGGGUUUCCAGCAUGGGCUAUUUGCACACAGAAAUAUUUCCAAACGAUAACCCUAGAGCAGCAAAUUCAUUAUUCAUUAAUUAUUCCAUUUAUUAACAUUGCACUGUAUCCAAUAAUGACCAAUGCUACCUCAUUCCAUAAGACGGUCACAUCAAGUAUAAGGCAGAUUGACAAACCUGUUGCUAAGUAUUUCUGGAAUGGAGGAAAUUCUCUGGUCCAUGCCCGUCAGCAUUGCCCUGGCUGCCAGCUGGAAAUGAGACACAGACUUGGUUUCAAUUUAUAGCAGCCAAGGCAGUAGAGACAAGUUGUACAUGCUUAGAGCUAUUUCACAUCAAACAACUGAUGACUCCUCCUCACAUUAACUCCAAGGCAGGAAAAUACGAGGCCCAGCAGUAAUAUUUUAUGGGACUCAUCUCCUGUCUCAUUAACAAGAGAUUCUGUAUCAACAAUUUUCUGAGCUAGUUCUGGAGUGAACAGGAAAUCACCCACGAAAGCCCAGAGCAGUAAAGUUACUGCAGUACCUGGCGCUCAGCUGGGAAGGAGAGCCAAGUCUCAUGCCGUAAGUGCCAGCUAUCUUGGACAGGCAGGCAUAAGGGGCAGGAUGGCCUGCCUAGGAACUCUGCUGGCACAGGUGGAAAACUGAGCUUGUCAAACACUUCCAAGUCCUGAAAGAAGAGUCAUAAAGCAAAGAAAAUUAUUAUCAAAGGAAGAUGAAAGCAAAAGAGGAUUGAUAAGGAACAAUAAUUUAAAGAAGAAAACAUCCACUGAAAUCAAAGCUCUGAGAGUUUUAACUAAACACAGAACCGAGGCAGUUACUUCGCAAGACAGGUGGGAAUUCCACACCUCGCAAAGAGUUUAGUCACUGACACUUCAUCUCCCAUAUACAACUUAGUAAAACUUCUCCAAUGGGAAACUGUAAGAUAACCUCUCCCUUACCGAGCAGUGGGGCACAAUGAAGCGAUACAACCCAUCCAGAUGCAGAAAUGGAAACCAUUGCAAUGACUUCCCCAUAAAAAGCAGUAGUGCCUGGUGGGAGAUGGGGAGAAAAAAAGAGAAAAGGCGAUGAGAAAUGUUAAGAGAAAAGUGGAAAAUGAAAAUCACAGCAAAUGGGGAGCAAGUCCAGCAGAGGAUUGACUAGUAAAUUUGGUACCAUCAGGGACAAGGUGAGGUGAAUAUAUGUACAGGAUGUUGACAGUGAGGAGAUUGAACCCCCUUGCAGUGGCAGACGAAAGUCACCUGCAUAAACAUACUCUUCUACCUGACAAAAAUCACCCUCCCAUUGAUUAGAAAUCUAAAUAUAUAAAUGACCACAUACCCAGCUCUCAGCUGUACCAAACCAUCCACUGAAGCCCACUCCUGCCUCACCUCUUGCCGUGUCGUGCCUUCUCCUCCAUCACGGCUGGUCUCCUCUAGCUCAGGCAGACUCUCAAUCUCUCUGGGGUGGCUCCACAGCUGGGGUCUGCCCAGCCACAGCACCGUGGCUUGAAAACUGCGCUGUGGCUCUCGUUCUUCUCCACCCCCUUCUCUAAGUAGCUGGUAGUUGCGCAACAUAAGCCCCUCUUUCUGGGUAACCAAGAACAGGUGAGAAACACAGCUGGUUCUUUCAGUGCUGCUCUGGCCCCUCUGACAACCCUCAUCUUCACCAGGAUCUGGCUUGGGAUCCUCCAAUUUCAGCACUUUUGCCUCUGGGGUUUCCAAAUUAGAUGUUGAGCAUCCAUCUUUCUUUUUCCUCAAAGAGGUGCUUUUACUAGAAGGAUCUUUCUGGAUUUGUCCUUCCAUGGAAUGGAGAAUCUGAACAUCCUCAAAGUAGAACUGCACAUAGAUACUGAAAUGACAAAUGGUAGCAGUAAAAUCCCCUGCUCCUGACAGGUAGCUGUCUAAAACAAGCAGUCAUCUGGGACUGAGUGGGUAUUCACUGUUAUCUGGGACUGAGUGGGUAUUCAAAAGACAAGCAAGGAAGGGUGAAAUACAGGGCAGCUACCAGGCUGGAUGUAUUCCAAACAAUAUAGAUAUGGUGCGUUCAUUUCCAAUAAAGAUCUCAUUCCUGUAACUAGCAAAGGCCUUCGGCACCAAAAUACUAUGCCAAUAUGCAGUUUUACUAUAAACCAAAAUAGCCAUGGAACUGCAAAGUAAUGAUUUUACUAGGGCAGUGAAUAAAGGAACCCACCUAGUUUUUUUCUCCCUCACAUGCUCUGGAUUUUCUAGCUGCUCCCAAGAGGGAAAAUCACUCUGAAUGAAUCUCUCCACUACAAGUUGGUAGUUCUCCACCUGCAAGAGCGAUCCUGCAAACACAACAAAGAAAGGAGUUGAGUUAAUGAAAGGAGAACACAAAAAGAGCAAGCUCAAUUUCCUCAUUUUAAAGUCACGAGGCCAGGCAGUGACAUUUCAGCAUCUUCAGACCACGUCUUUUCUUCCUUGUUUUGGAGCUGGAUGGCAGAACAUCACAGUUUGCAGCACCUUCAGAUUUAGUUCUGUGGGACAUACCUAUGAGAGCUGUAUUGGCAAAGGGGCUGCUAUCCCUAUGGCAAAUCACACAGGGAAGUGUGCCGCUGCUGUCCUGCAGCUGGAGGAUACUUCUCCUGGAGGAGACUCGCAGCACACCUAGUAGGAUCUGCAAGAGAAAGGAAGAUGUAAAGAGUAUCAAACACUUCCCAUGUUCAAAAGCUAGAAAUCAGCAUGCACGGCAGCAGCCCAGAUUCAGUCUGUAUUCAGCACAACACAAGUAAGAAAUUCUGUGUCACACCUGAGCAAAAGAAAUAGGCACACAUCAGAGGGGGCAAAGGACAGCAACUGUUCUGGAAGGCUUUAGGAGAAACAGGAGCUCUCAGGGUGCGGGCAUUAAAGGGAACUAGGCACUUACCAAACGGGGCUGGAAACUUCCUGCUGAGAGUGUGCAGUAGGACCAGGCCAGCCUGCGAUUCAGCUCUUGGGUGCACAUGUGUUGUGCCUCCAAGGGGGAAAGCAGCUGGGAUGGACAGAAGCCUUCCCAGCCCUUCUGUUCUGCUACACGACUCAGUGCUGACAGAGAUGGGACCUGGUAUGGGGGAUCCAGGGUCAAAUACUAAGGGGGAAAAAAAAACAAGGUCAACAAGUUUCUUCCCAUCAGAUAAACUAGAAACAGCUCACAGCACAUUUACCUUCUGCAGGGGACAGUGGUGUAUAUUUGCUAGAAUUUCAUGAUAAAUAUCUCUUGCUUCCCUUCUGUCUGGUACCACGGCUUGCAGAAUUGCAACAAGGAAUUUCUCUGCAGGUCCAGGGUUUCGGUGUACGGAGCUGAGCAACAGUCGCUGGUGCCCAAAGAAACAAGCAAACCUGAAAAAUUUUAGAGCAGUCAGAAGCAGCAGCACUCCCCAUUUUACAGUGGGUUUUGCAUGUAAGUCAGGAAUUUUUUCUGCUUGUUACCCGUGAAUGUGCUGAGCUGGACAAGAAUUAAGGAGAGUGCAGAAAGAAUGCAAAGUGGUUAAAAAAGGAACAUUUAAAGGUGACAUAGAUUGAUGUCAGGUGAGCAGACAAGGAACAGAAAGCCAUGAGAAACAGACAGACUGGCAACAUCUCAACACAUAAAGAUCUCCUUGUAAGUUACAGAAAUGGAUCUUCAUGCAUUUCGACUAACUUGAAGUGAUUAAUCAUAUUAGGUACACUUGGUUUUCUUUUACAGGACAGAGCAAAAUAACCACAGAUUGCUCUUGUUCUGAUAUUUUCUUUGCAUUCGGACCCUUUCAGAAGGAUACCUCGUCACUUUGAACAGCCACAAGUGAUCACAAUGCCAGUCAAAAUAGUUUUAAUAACAAAAGAUGAAAUCAAGUAAGAAGAGAUAGUGACUAAAUCACUGGAACCACUUUCAGGCAGUAGCAGGACUUAGUAAUGACAUUUAAAACAAGUGGAAAAUGUAAUAAAAAAUGAAACUCAUAGCUAGCAACAUUCUGGGAACAGAACUGAAGCUGUUUCAUUGGAAAGCAUGGCAAAAAUUCCACCGACAUAAGCACAUGUGGGAAAAUCUGCUAGAGCAAAGGUUCUCCAACAAGUGCUCGCAUGACUGAUAAUACUGAGCAGCUGCUGCUGCUCCUGUGAGGAGCUAGGAAGCUGUAAUCUGGUUGUAGAAGCAGUUUCCAGCUUCAGCCUCAGUGCUUAAGUUCAUUUGCCAAGCAAAUCAGAUUGGAAGGCAUUCAUCCCUACAGUGCUUCUAUAUUCCAGAAUAAAGCUUCAUAGGUGGGGACAGGUCAGCACAUGCUCUGGAGUGCUGCAGCCUACAGAAAGCAGUGGGCUCACUGCACAUGCACCUGAAAAACGUUCAUGACUUCUUCAUUAGAGCAACUACAAGAUACAGGGUUCGUUUGAUGUGGAAUCCAGAUAAACAGCUUAAGCCAGUAAACCAGACAAUUGCUGCUGCCAUUAGUCUCCAAGCAAAUAAGCUUUGUGAACCUUUGGUCUGGAAGAUGCUUAGGUAUCUUACAAAGCACAUCUGCACAUCACUGGACUUCAGAAUUGUCCUUACCUCUCCUGAAAUGUCUCCAGAAGGCUCACUAGCCAGAGGUAGUGCGGCAUACUAAGAUUAUAGCGGAAGAGCAGAUGUAGGUAGAGAUUUCUUGAAGUGACUGGUGGGUGGUAAGGAGUGCUGAGCCUUGAAAAACUCCUCAGCAAGACAGUGCUGUUCAAGCAAGCACCAAGUACAAUGAAAGGUGAGGAUACCAGAGGCUUCUGGAGGAGGUGGACAUCGAUGAGCUGAGAUAAAACAGACAAUGCGACUUAAUAGGAGAGUAUGGUUUGCCACCACUCUCCCAAACCAUCACCUUACUCUAAAUCCUUUUUCACUCUGCUGGAUUGUCUGUAAACUCAGUAGUCCUGAAGGAUCUGGCACUGCUUAAGGAGGAUGCAAAUAAUUUCAUGACCAAGUUUGUUAAACAAAAACCACUGAUUUUGUUUCAGGGACUUGUUGGAAAAUUUCCAGCAUUCCUAACCCACACAUGCUUGCAAGCCUCCCCUGGGGCCUAAGUAUUUUAUCACUGAAUGCAUUUUGGUAGGAAGGAGGCUACAAGGGUGGCCUCUGUGAGCAGAAGAGUCAGGAGCAAUAGAGCGAAGAUGAUGAAAGGAAGGUGGCUUGAGUUUUGCUUUUCUUUUUCAGUGUCUUACUUCAUUCUUAAUUGGCAAUAAACUAAGCUUCCUCACUUUGA